CGUUUCCGUGACGCCGCAGCCCUCCCAACCCAAAGAGCUCCAACAUCCACACGGAGCGGCAGUUUCUAUCCCCCAUCUCCGUCCCGUUGAAUCUGCUGUAGGUUCAGAGGAACUGAAGCUGCGUUUGACACGACGUGCAGCGUUGAUGCAGACCCAUGAUGGACGCCUGGCCAGCUGUGGCCUGGAUCCUGAUGCUGGUAUCAGUUUCUGAGUGGACAGAAACCGCAGAGUCACGGGAUUUCACCAUGAAGGACAUAAUUCAACUGCAUCCUUCCAAUUUUGUCUGCCUGUCCUCUGCAGCCACACCACAUCCAGGUGGUUUCAAAUGUUUCACAUGUCAGGACGCUGCAGAUAACUACGACUGCAACCGCUGGGCUCCAGAUGUUUACUGUCCAAAAGAUACGAGUUAUUGCUACACGCUUCACAUGAUGGAUAACCAUGGCGACAGUGUUUCUGUGACGAAGCGCUGCGCAACAUGGGAGCACUGCCGCUUCGCCGGCUGCGUCAACAUCACCCACAACGGCUUCCAGGUGUGCACGUCUUGUUGCCACGGGAACAUCUGCAACGUGCUGGUGCCGACAAACGACAGCGGUGCCGUGUUCUCCUCGGCCGGGCCUCUGGUCGGCGCGGGCCGCAGCCUGCGCCCCGCUGCAUUACGUUACAUCACCAUCAUCACUGCCAGCAGCUGCUGGACACAUUUAAGGAGUCAAAUUGUUUAACGCACAAAACUUCCUUUAAACUAGGAGUUUAUCAAGCUUACAAACGACUAUGUAGUGCUUUUUUUAACCGUUAUUUAUUUUCUAUGCAGGUUUUUUUUUUUAUGAAAUAAACUGUAAAUGUGAUCUGGAUGUUGUUUUACCCAGUGGAGAAGCUCUACGGGAUUUUCUGAUAGAUCAACACAAAAUAUUGUUUAAAUGUUUCAGGUAAAUUGGUACUUUGGUGUUUUUUAUUUAUAAAUUAAAUUUGAGUAAAGUGUGGAAUACAUUUGCUUUCUGAACUUUUCAGGCAGGAGCAAGAAAGUUUUAUGAUUUUCUACUUUUGUUCAUAGCAUGAAAUCUCUAAAACAUGACUCAGAGUGUUUUUGUAAAACAACUAAAUGUAAUUAAAAAAUGAUUGAAAGGGUUUUGAAUUAUUUUCCAAGGCAACAUGUAUUAUCAGAAAUCAAAACGGAGCUUCUGAGUAAAAUCUUGAACCAUUAAAGUCGUUCAACUUUAAUCUAAUUCCAGAACAAUUUAGGAAAAGAUCAUCUUCACUCACAUGCCUCAUUUUACCAAUUUACAAAUCAUAUUGAUCAACAGAUAUGAGGAAGCCAGAACUAAAUAAGAUUUUAUAUUGGUGACUGAAAACAUGAGCAUAUUUGACAUUUUGAUGCACUAAAAUCACCGUGCAGAAAGAAAAGAACAGCGGUGGAAGCAUUAUUCCGAAACUCUUAAAUGCUUAUUUCAUGUUUUUAUGCAUUUUGGU